AGAUUCGAACCCAGGACCUACCAUGAAAUACUGAAAUCUCAGCAAAACCUUUUCUGAAUGAAUCAAACGUUGAUUAAAGAUAAACAACAAUAUCAAUAUAAGAGGUGAUGAUCGAACAAAUUCUUUUGUGUUGCAUUUAUUUAAUGGGUUAAAUAAAAGAAUGAAUGAAUUAAAAUAAAGUAAGGUGGAGAACGUUUAUUUAUUAAUUAUCAAGUGGAAACUUUUGGCAAUAAUAUCAGUCCGCAUCAUGAUAACUUUCUUAAAAUUCUAGCAGACAAGAAUCACUGUCAUCCAAUGCUUCAAAGGAAGUUUGAAAUAAUAAAGAAACAUUGAGUGUUUUUUUUAACCAUGAGUAUUUUUAUUUCCAAUUUUAAUUAGUAUAGUGUACUGAAAAGCUUUCCGGUAUCUUAAUUAAAAAGCAAACUAUACAAAACCCUUACUUAUUAGAAAUAACUUUUAAAAGAGAACAAUCUUUUGAAGAUUAUGGAGACUAAUUAAACUACUUAUAUCAGAUGUAUAUUUGACAUGAAGUUCAAAGAAACCAAUUCAUGACAAGUUUUUCAAUGAAAUGACAUUUAACUAUUCUAUGUGUUUAUUUUUUUAAUAUUUUUGUAGAUAAAGUACGCAAAUAAAAAUGAAAACACAAUUGUCCGAAUUCUUCACUAUACUGUUGUUAACCAUUUUGGUCUUAUUCGUGGUUGACGUAUAUAGUUUAUCUGAAGAACAAAAUUCUCAUAAACCUUUCUAUGAUCCACUCUAUGAAUACAAUGACUACAUCAACCAGGAAAGAACUCCAAACAAACGCUAUAUUAGAUUUGGAAAAAGAGGAGCUGACGAUGUCAUGAGUUACGAUGGUAUUCCAGCGUUAGCACGACAUAAACCCUACUCUUUAUAUGAUCUCUUAAAAGAAAGACAAUAG